AUGGAGAGCACCAAGGUUGAAGAUGGAGAAAAUAUCGAUUCGAAAUGCCUCCAGCUGAGCUUCGACAAGAAACACAGAGACUGGGUGUUAAACUCUUAUGUACCUUACGUAGAGAGUAAGGCAAAGGUGAUCGAGGACGAGAGUAGAAUCCUCAAGUUGUACUCCUACUCUCUCGGUUAUGGAUGGAAAUCUGUGAACUUCGAGCACCCUUCGACACUCGAAACGAUGGCUAUGAACAACGAGCUCAAGCGUUCUGUGGUUGAAGAUCUUGAUCGGUUCAUCAAAAGGAAAGAUUUUUAUAAAAGAGUUGGAAAAGCUUGGAAGAGGGGUUACUUGCUGUAUGGGCCACCAGGGACCGGGAAGACUAGUCUAGUGGCAGCUAUGGCUAACUACCUCAAAUUCGAUAUCUAUGAUCUUCAGCUCGCAAGCGUGAACGGGGACGCCGAUCUAAGGAGAUUGCUUCUUGGCGUCAACAACAGCUCGAUUCUUCUUAUAGAAGACAUAGACUGCUCCGUGGAUAUGCCUACACGAUUGCAAUCUGCAACCGAAAGUGAGGCAGAGACGUUACCUGCCGCAGGGGCAUCAACACCAAGAUUGACGUUAUCAGGACUUUUAAAUUGCGUAGAUGGGUUAUGGUCGAGUUGUGGAAACGAACGCUUGAUAAUAUUCACGACGAACAACAAGGACAAGCUUGAUCCCGCAUUGCUAAGACCAGGCCGUAUGGAUAUGCACAUUUACAUGGGGCAUUGCGAUUAUGAUGGGUUUAAGACACUGGCGUCUAACUACUUAGGCAUGUCUCACGACAGUGAUGAUGAUCCGCACUGUCUCUACCCGGAAAUAAAGCACUUGAUUGAUGGACAAGUGUUGACCCCGGCUCAAGUCGCGGAGGAGCUAAUGAAAAAUGAAGACGCUGAUGCGGCGCUUGAGGGUUUGGUUAGUGCUCUCAAGAGGAAGAGGUCAGAGCCAGAGAAGCGUGAUGAUGAAGAAUCUAUGAAGAAGAUGAAGAAACUGGAAGAGGGAGAGAUGAGAGUAUCCGACGUUGAUGAGACAUCGAGGAGACAGGUGUUGACUCGGACUCAGGAGAAAGUAAUUGAAGACAAAGAUGAUGGUGUGGCGCUCGAGGACGAGUUUUCCACGAGUGAAUCAGAUGAUGAAUAUGAUUAG